AUGGCCACUACCGCCGACCUUGAGCUGGCGGCGACCCGCGUGAACCUCUGCCUCCGUGCCGAACGUCAGCUGCUCGCGCGCAACGACCGCCGCCGCGUGCUGCCCGUCACGAUCGUCACGGGUUUCCUCGGCGCCGGCAAAACGUCGCUGCUGCAGCACAUUCUGCAGCACAAGUUGAACCUCCGCGUCGCCUGCGCCGUGAGCGACUUGGCGGCCGUGAACAUUGACGCGCUCUUAGUGGCUAAUAAUCAGGCCGCCGGGUGCAACCAACUGUUCCAGCUGUCGGCGGAUACCGGUACGACCACGGUAAACGCGUUCCAAGACGUCGUGUGGCACCUCUUGAACAAGGACACCCACCGGCCGACCACCAAUAAUGGCAACAAUCACGCCAAAACUGGCAAGAUGGACAAUCAUGGCAAUAAUGGCAACAAUCACGCCAAAACUGGCAAGAUGGACAAUCAUGGCAAUAAUGGCAACAUCGACGCCAAUCAUGGCAAUAAUGGCCCAAUCGACGCCAAGAAUGGCAAUCUCGACGCUAGUAAUGGCAAUAAUGGCCUAAUCGACGCCGAUGUCGACUGCCUCGUGAUGGAGACCAGCGGCACGACGGACCCGACGCAGCUGAUCGCCGCCGUGCGCCAGAACUUCGGCCGCAUGACGCGCGCGCGGUUGGACUCUGUCGUUGUGGUCGUGGACGGCGACGCCGUGGCGCAGGACGCCGCCGAGGGCCUCGCGCCCUGUGCCGUGGCCCGCCACCAGCUCGAGAGCGCCGACGUCGUCCUGCUCAACAAAGUGGAUCUGCUCAGUCGCGCGCGGCUCCGCGCGGCCCGCGCCGUUGUAGCGCGCUACGCCCCGCGCGCGGCAGUGCACGAGACCGCAUACGCGCGCGUGUUCCUGCCCCACGUUCUCGACAUUAGCGCACCGGACGCGGCCGCCACUGGCAGUGUGAGCCACGAGGCUGUGCCCGCGCAGUGGCACGUCAAGACACGCGGCGCGCGGCGCACUGCAGAUACGGCCGCAAGAGCAGACGGGCGACUCGAAGAAGCUGCAGAGGCAGAGGCACAGACGCAGUUCGAGUCGGUCGUCUUGGAGCGCGCGACGCCCAUUGCGCUCGCGGCAGUGCACAAGUGGCUCGAGCCACAGCACCGGCCAAAGGGACUGCUGCGGGCCAAGGGCGUGUUGCACAUUGCCGAGCUGCCGCACUACCGGUUCGUGGUGCAGCUCAGCGGGAAGCAGCGACUGGACGUCGUGAACGCCGGCGAGUGGCAGUCGCCGCCCAAGACGCAGUUCGUCGUGAUCGGCUGCAGCAGCAGUAGCAGCAGUAGCGCCAGUGAGCGCUUUGACAAGGAGCGAGCGCUCGAGCAGCUCGAGACGUGUCUGACUCGGCCCGUGGACGUGGAAAUGGACAGUGCGGCCGCGCAGAUUCGAGCGCAGUGGCUGGCAGAGCUCCAGGCCGACGCCCGCUUCGACACGCUGCUGGUGCCGGAGCGGCCCACUGUCGUCGCGUUCCGCUUGACGUGUCCGCCGUCGACAGUGGACAGUGCGAUGCUGCGGCAUCACCACCACGUGGACAUGAACGAGGUGACGCUGCAGCUCGUGCGCGACGUGAACGCCUCGGGAGGCGGAGCGCUGCUGCUCUACGGCGCAAAGCUGCGGCCGGACGAAGACAGCGAAGGAGACGCUGUGUAUGCCGUGGCAUCGAUUGCGAACCUCCCGACGAUGUGGGACGAGAUCGCUCGGCGCGCUGAGCUGCACCUCAUUGAAGUCAAGAGAAAACUCGCGACGUGUCGCUGCGGGUUUUGA